UGAGGUGCCGCCGCCGCCAGCCAGUCGGGAGCGCGCAGGCACCGGCUGACUGAGACCCCGGGUGAGAGCCGCCUACCUUCAGUCACCGCCCACGGCCGGGCCGCCACCAUGGCGCUUCUGCUGCGCUUGGUCCUCUUGUGCGGAGUCGCGGAUUUCACCAGCAGUUUGAGUAUCACAACUCCUGAUCAGAUGAUUGAAAAGGCCAAAGGAGAAACUGCUUAUUUGCCAUGCAAAUUUACCCUUAGUCCAGAAGACCAGGGACCACUGGACAUCGAGUGGCUGCUAUCACCAGCUGAUAAUCAGAAGGUGGAUCAAGUGAUUAUUUUAUAUUCUGGAGACAAAAUUUAUGACGACUACUACCAAGAUCUGAAAGGACGAGUACAUUUUACAAGUAGUGACCUCAAAUCUGGUGACGCAUCAAUAAAUGUAACAAAUUUACGGUUGUCGGAUAUUGGCACAUAUCAGUGCAAAGUGAAAAAAGCUCCUGGUGUUGGAAAUAAGAAGAUUCAGCUGACAGUUCUUGUUAAGCCGUCAGGUAUAAGAUGUUACGUUGAUGGAUCAGAAGAAAUUGGAAAUGACUUCAAACUAAAAUGUGAACCUAAGGAAGGUUCGCUUCCAUUACAGUAUGAAUGGCAGAAGUUGUCCAACUCACAGAAACUGCCCACUUUGUGGUUACCAGACAUGAAGUCACCUGUUAUAUCUGUAAAAAAUGCCUCUACUGAGUACUCUGGGACAUACAGUUGUACAGUCACAAACAGAGUAGGCUCCGAUCAGUGCCAGCUACGCCUGAAUGUUGUUCCACCUUCAAAUAGAGCUGGAACAAUUGCAGGAGCAAUUGUAGGAAUUUUGCUUGCUCUAGUGCUCAUUGGUCUUAUCGUCUUUUGCUGUCGUAAAAAGCGCAGAGAAGAAAAAUAUGAAAAGGAAGUUCAUCAUGAUAUCAGGGAAGACGUGCCUCCUCCAAAGAGCCGUGCGUCCACCGCCCGGAGCUACAUCGGCAGCAAUCACUCGUCCCUGGGCUCCAUGUCUCCUUCCAACAUGGAAGGGUAUGCCAAGACUCAGUAUAACCAGGUACCAAGUGAAGACUUCGAACGUACUCCUCAGAGCCCGACUCUCCCACCUGCUAAGGUAGCUGCCCCUAAUCUAAGUAGGAUGGGAGCGGUGCCUGUGAUGAUUCCAGCACAGAGCAAGGACGGGUCCAUAGUGUAGAGCCUCUGCACUUCCAUCUGUGCUUUCCAGGUUUCUUUUCUCCUCUUCGGGUAGGAAGACUAUUCCGUUCUAAAUUCUGCUACGGGCCUCAACAUAUAUCAAGAACUUAACCAGAACCUGAAAAUUAUGCUUUAAAAAGUUUUGUUUGGUUACUGAAAUAGUAAAGUUGAAGUCACUAAAGACAGAUUCACCAACUGAAAAAUAUUUCCUUUUAAGAGAUUGAUUUGAUAGAUUUCUAAAUAUCCACACUUAAAAGAUAUAGCACUUUGAAUAUGAAAUCCUAGGUGAAGAAAUUGGUGAACUUACAUGCACCCUAAGUUGAUACUUGAAUCAUGUGUAACUGGUACUUCCUAUUUUCUACCAUUUAUUUUUAGGUUGCCUUUCUCAAUUAAUUUGUGAUCUGGUAUCCCCUCCAAAUUGGUAAAGAAACAUCCAUGGCAAAAAUACUUACGACACAUCUGUGUUUGUUCUUUUUGAAACUUCUUUGGAAGCUCAUUUAAAUAUGAGUUUGAAACAGCUCUCUAAAAACAUAAAAAACACUACAGUGUUCAAGAAAUUACUAGUUUUCCUUCCGAAUCAUUUAUAGACCUUGUCUAUGAAAUGAUUUCUUAACUAUUUAAUUGAUAGACUGCUAUAGGCAACAAGGACAUAGUAAGCUCCUUUACAUGCUAAAAUAAAGGAGCAUCUCUCUGAUUCAUUUAGAGAUACUAGUUAGCGGUGCGGUAGUGAAUAUGGGUUUUGUUGAUGAGUGAUCUGAUGCCUUGAGGCCUGUGGCCGUCUGUAGAACAAUGACAGUCAGAACAAGGAUGGAAUAUUUUGCAGUUCCCAACUAAAUACUAGCCCUUGAGGUGAUAUUUUUCUAAUAAGAAAAUUAUGACUCAUUAUUUGACAGUUACAGUUUGAAAUUCCCCAAUCAUUGGUUCUAAAUUUAAAAACAUUUUUUCAGUGUUUUAGGGGGGGUGGAUUAUGUUGGUGUUGCACAAUAUAUGUUUUAGAAACAUGUAAUCCUACAUUUACCACUUGAAUGUGGUUCCUGGAGGUUAUUGUCUUCAUAGACUCAGAAUGAUGAAAUACAUUUUCAGCUCGGAGGUGUCCUCCAUCGAUUCUGUAUUUCAGACUUGGGAGGAUGUAUAGCUCUUUUAUGGUCAACAUGUCCUUGUGUAGUUGCAGAAAAUCAAGGUGAGCUUGGAAAAGAGUGAGUCUUAGUUUUGUGAAAGUGAUUUAUUCUUAAAAAAAAAAAAAAAAGAGAGAGGGAAAUGAAAGGAAAAGGAGUAAAAGGUAUACUCCUAACUGCCAAAUGUGUUAAAUACUAUUGUAGUAGAAGAAAGUGAGUUUAUUGUAUUUCCCUUAAGAUUGUGAGGGAGUGUGGAUAUAGUAAAAUGAGCCAACAGUUUCUUUAUAGUAAAUAAGGUUUGCAAUAAAUUAUUUCACUAGCUCUAAAACCUUUUCCCUAGAUUUUGAUAGGGAGUCGGUUUCUGUUGAUCUCUUCGGGUGCUGUGGUGGUAAAUGCUACAUUAUAAAUUAAUGUUUGUAUGAAUUUGAGGUUAGGCAGAGUAUUGUGUAUACUUUUUAAUGCUGAACUUAAGCUGAAUGUCUGUGUAAUGGAUUAGUGUAUAGUUUUAUAUAUUUGGAAGCAUUUUUUAGUAGGUUUUUAACCCUAUAUAAUAUUGCUUUUAUACUUGCGUUAACAUUUUCAUCUGUGCCUUUGGGUAAUUUUAAUUUUUAUUAUGAAUUUCUGGUGCCUAUGAGCUAGCUAUCACCUGAAAGGUGCUUAGAGGUGAAGGUACUGUUAAAAACACAUCACUGUGACACCUUUCUCUUUUCAUACUUUGAUUCUUGCCUCUUCUUCCCUCUUCUUUUUGGGUGCAACUUAACCGAUUGUGUUAUUCAUAAAGUUUCUAAAAUUUCAACAUCUCCAGCACUCUUUGACUGUGUAUGAUUUUGUAAAAGUAGCUAUUUUUGAAUGCCAGAUGUUUGGCCUGUUUUAUAUAAUAAAAUUUAUAAGAUAGUGUAAGAAUAAAUAACAGAUCACAGACUUGGAUAAUAAAAGCAUUUGAUCCUUCCCGUCCCCAGUUUUCAUACAGUGAAGAUUCCUCUGUCGAUCUAAGUAGGAACCACGGUAAAAGGUGGAUGUGUCCGCCUAUCUAGGAUGUGGCUCUGAGUAAUCCGACCCUCCCAGAAGCGCUUUCAGGUCCACACCGCUUACAGCCCGAGAACAGAGCUCAUAGAACGUCACUUGUGUGAUCUGAGAAGACUGGCUGGGUAGGAUUAAGUUUCGAGGACAGUUUUAGACUGACUUCUCCAGCUGUUCUCAUUGUAAAUUUCAGUUGAUCCAAAAGUCAGAUCGGUCAGGUACUGAUAACUUCCCAAAUAAUUCUCAGCAAUCCUUCAGUUGAGCUGGAAGUAUUUCUUCUAGAAUAACUUAGCAAUCAUCAAGCAAUUCAACCAAAACUGGCUAUUCAAAGCAUUACCAUGAGAAAGCCAGUCCAGGCCGCUCCAGAACAGCCCUGCAUCUUUGAGGAGAAUCCAUUUGAUUCUGUUUGACCCCUGAGACUUGACACCGUCUUUUUGAGUUACACAGGAUCAUUUGGAGAGAAAUGGUGCUGGAGAGGAUGAGUUCUGUGCUUAGAAUAUGCAGUUCACUGGUGUUCUUUUUCUUACUGGCAGUUUGACCAGUAUUCCCCUCUUUGAGAACCCCCCCAAAUUUCUUAUCAAUUAUACUGAUGGCCAGUUUAUUCAGGCAAAUAACUUUCUUUAAAUUUGGGCUAUCUGCCAUGGAGUGGUUCCUUUGGAAACACAGUCUGAGUGUGUCUUGGGAGGGUUUAGUUGAAGAAAUGCAGUUAGAUUAUGGAUAUGAAGAAAUACCUGAUUUUGUUAAAAUGCUAAUUUUUAAGAUUGAGUUCUGGAAAUUUGGAGCAAGUGAAGGGGCAAGUAAACAUUUUGAUUAAAUAUAAAGAACUCAUUGCAUGAAGUUGGAUAUUCAAUUCUGUAACGUAUGGCUUCUUAAAAUAACUACUCUGUCUUUCUGUGUGCGUGGGGCAUGUAAAUUUGAAGUUCUAUGAAUGUUUAAGGUUCUUUCCUAAUCUGUUCAUCUCCACAGUGUUUAGGGCUGUCAGAUGCCUUAUUCCAGUGUGAACAGAAAAAACAAACAUUUUAUGUAGUUAAUGCUUUGAUGUGUCACGUAAGGAGUAGUUUGUAGAAAAUGUUGGCACAACUUUAACUUUUUAGUGGCUUGUGACAUUAUAUAUAUGUAUAUAUAUCUUCAUAAAAUUCUUGUGUUUGGUAGUAUAAAUGUUCUGGGCAAGUUUUAAUAUAUCAAAUGCCUUUAGAUAGUCUUGCGAUAGAGGCAACACAUUCUGCAGGUAGAGUUUUUACUCGUUUGCCUAUUUUGACACUAAAAAAGGUCCAUAACUGAGCACAAAUUCUACAAUGUUACAGAAGUAAGGAAAAAUAAUGAAUAAACUUGUAAAUUGUGGUUCUGUUUAUCUUAUAUAGGGUGACAUCACUAAACAAUUUCUUCAUCUAAUCUCUUACUAUUAUUUAAAAAAAUACUCUAUUUUUUUAAUUUUAAAAGUAUGGUGAAUAUCAGUUGGAUUUGGUUGUGAACACUAAAAGCUCCAAUCAAGGAAGAACUCUGGAUUUUCUGCUAACUUAAUGCCAUAAGUGUUAAAAGAACCACAAUUUAUUCACUUAUUCUCAUUCCUAACUGUGAACUUUUGUGAUAAAUACACUUGUACUACUAAGAAAAAAUAUUUUGACACCUGACAUAUGCAAGUAGAGAAUUGGUAAGUGUCAGUUUCAAAAAUGAUUUUGUAUUUAAAGUUUCUGGCUUACGUAUCCAAUGGUGCAGAUUUUGAAAUUUGUAAAAACAAAAUUUGUUUUAAAAAAAAACAAAAAAACUUGCUCUAGUUUUGUGACCUUGUGUACUUUUGAAAUAAAAUCAAGAAAGCAGU